CAAUACGUUGUUGCAGAACGACUCCCUGCACAGGUGGCUUCCGGCGUGGCUAUAAUAACCCGGAAAUGGUUUUGUUAACUGAAGAGGAAAAGAAGUCACAGACCACUUCCAGAUGUGUCACCUGUCAAAAUGGCAGCAGCACUGGACACCAAAUCAGGAUCUGAAGGCUCUGUUGCUGCUGAAGUACCCUUUCAUCAUUUGUGCACCACUUUGGAAAAAAUACAAAAGGCCAAACUCAGACCAGAUAAAACUAAGUGUCUGAGAGACUUCCUGGAUUCCUGGAGAAAGUUCCAUGCUGCUCUCCACAAAGAUAACCCAAACACCACAGACUCAUUUUACCCAGCUAUGCGUCUCAUAGUUCCCUCGUUUGAGCGAGAGAGGAUGGCCUAUGGCAUAAAGGAAAACAUGCUGGCUAAACUCUACAUCGAUGUUUUGGGUCUUCCGAAGAACGGUCCUGAAGCACAUAAACUUCUCAAUUACCGCGCUCCUACUACAUCGCAAGGAGAAGCUGGGGAUUUUGCCCUUAUGGCCUACUUUGUUUUGAAGAAAAGGUGCACAAGUCAGGGGAAUCUAACCAUUAAAGAGGUGAACGACUUCUUGGACUCGGUUGCUCUGAAUAACGCAAGUAAGCAGAAGGAUUUGGUGAAAAAGAACCUGUUGCACCUGAUCACCCAGAGCUCAGCCCUGGAGCAGAAGUGGCUGAUCCGCAUGAUUCUGAAAGACAUGAAGCUUGGGAUGAGCAAAGAGACGGUCCUGCAUGUCUUCCACCGCGACGCGGCCGAGCUCUACAACGUCACCACGGACCUGGACAAAGUGUGCCGGCAGCUCCAUGACCCCUCUGUGUCCCUCAGCGAGGUGUCCAUCGGGCUCUUCUCGGCUUUCAGGCCUAUGCUGGCAGCAGUCGCCAACGUGAAACAGGUGGAGAAGCAGAUGAACAACCGGAGCUUCUUCAUCGAGACCAAGCUGGACGGCGAGCGCAUCCAGGUGCACAAGGACGGGGAUGUGUACAAGUAUUUUACACGCAACUCCUAUGAGUACACACAGCAGUUCGGGGCCUCGCCAUUACAGGGUUCUCUGACGCCCUUCAUUCACAAUAUCUUCAAGCCCCAUGUGAGGAACUGCAUCUUGGAUGGUGAGAUGAUGGCAUACAACCUCACUGUUGAUGCCUUCAUACAGAAAGGCACAAAGUUUGACAUUAAGAGGUUAGUUGAUGACUCUGAACUGCAGACCUGUUUCUGUGUCUUUGAUGUCUUGCUACUCAAUGACCAGAAGUUGGGAAAUGAAACUCUGAAGAAGCGGGACGAGAUGCUUCAGACGGUCUUCACCCCGAUAAAGGGCCGGAUGCAGCUGGUGCAGAAAACCGAAGCCAAAACAAUGCAGGAAGUGGUGGACGCCCUCAAUGAAGCGAUUGACAACCGGGAAGAAGGAAUCAUGGUGAAGGACCCACUGUCCAUCUACAAGCCAGACAAACGAGGGGAGGGUUGGCUGAAGCUCAAGCCAGAGUAUAUGGACGGCCUGAUGGACGAACUUGACUUGCUGAUCAUCGGGGGGUACUGGGGAAAAGGCAGGCGGGGUGGGAUGAUGUCCCACUUCCUGUGUGCAGUUGCUGAGACUCCUGAACCUGGAGAGAAGCCAUCGGUGUUCCAUUCUUUUUGCCGUAUUGGUUCAGGUUACACUAUGAAGGAGCUUUACGACCUGGGCUUGAAACUGGCCAAGCACUGGAAAGUCUACCGUAAGAAUGAUCCCCCAGCAUCGAUCCUUUGUACUACAGAGAAACCAGAGGUGUACAUUGAACCCUGGGAUUCUGUGAUCAUUCAGGUUAAAGCAGCCGAAAUAGUCGACAGUGACAUGUAUAAGACAAAUUGCUCGCUUCGAUUUCCCAGGAUCGAGAGGAUGAGGGAGGAUAAGGAAUGGCAUCAGUGCAUGACUUUAGCGGACCUGGAGCAGUACAGAAGCAAGUCUUCCGGGAAGUUAGCAUCGAGACACCUUCUUCUCAAUGAUGACGAGCCACAGAAGAAGAAGCGGAAGCUAGUGGCAAAGCCUAAGAAAGCCAUCGGGAUAAUAGACCAUUUUAAGGCACAGGACCUGUCUGGUGUGGCGAAAGAGACUGACAUGUUUGAGGAUGUGGAGUUCUGCGUAUUGAAUGGGAAUGAUGAGCACUCCAAGGCCGAUCUGGAGAAGGGGGUAGCCAGUUGUGGAGGCAUCGUAGUCCAGAACCCAGGCAAGGACACCUACUGCGUGAUAGCUGCUGUGGAGAACAUGAGGGUGAAGAACCUGAUUGCCGCCGACCAGCAUGACGUGGUGUGGGCCACCUGGCUGCUUGAGUGCCUGGAGAGGAAGCAGGUGGUUCCGUGGCAACCCCGUCACAUGAUCCAUAUGUCUCCACCCACAAAGGAACACUUUGCCAAGGAGUACGACCAGUUCGGGGACAGCUACUCGGCUAACACGGAUGAGCAGCAGUUGAAAGAGGUCUUUGGGAGGAUCCGCAUGAAGGAGGAAGACUUGCCUUCCAUCGCAGAUGUAGAAGCAAGGUACGGCCUGGAUGACCUUCCCACAAGCAUGUUCAGACCCUUCAGAGUGUACAUGGACCGUUGCUCUGACAUUGGGGACCCGAAGAGCUAUAUCCCUUCAACAUGUUUGGACACACGGGCGCUGGAGUUCCGUUUCCACGGGGGGACAGUGGAGUCCACGCUGGUGGAAGGGGUGUCUCAUGUCAUUGUUGCUGAGGAAACCAGAAUCAUGCCAUUAAGAACUCUCAGAAGAGUCUUUACCAAGAAGUUUAAGAUUGUGGGAGAAACCUGGGUGAAGGACUGUAUCAAAGCUGGACAUUUGUUGAAUGAUAAUGACUACCUUGUUUAGCGUCUGAAGUCAGUAUGCGCAAUUACUGACUUAUGUGCAGACAAAAACUGUAAAUAGCAUGGUUUUAAUUAGGAUUUUUUUAACCUGGUAUGAUAAUAGCAUAUGAAGUACUUGCUUGAUUUUAAAAUGUUGUUUUAGCCUCCUUCUCAAGAGGUUGUUUCUUUGGAAGGCAGGAUAGGGGUUUCAUCAGACUAGUCUUGAAAAUCACUCAGAAAAAAAACGUGCAGGUAGUUAUAUUAGCAAGUUUUUGUAACUGUGUUGCCCUUGAAAGCUCCGCUUCAAUUGCCAAGUUGCUGUUGCUCCAGAUUACCUUCUGCAGGUUAUGAAGAUACAUGAAAAUGAAGUGCAUGAAGAGCUGUUCUGUCCAGGGUUGUGGAUUCACACGCAUUUGUUUCUGAAGGAAGAGUGUGAAUAUUCUGCUACUACCUUUUGCAAAUGAUACUUUUGCAAUAUAACAUGUAAUCAGUUACGCUGGCCAAAAAUGUAACAAAAAAUGGCACUCAUCAAAACAUGUAUCAUGGAUAUUUCUGGGAAAAGCUUUAAAUGAAUGUGUGUUUUAGCCAUCAAUUUGUAUUAAGAACAACAUGUGUGGUUCUGACUGUACUGUUGCAGCUAAACAGAGCUCCCGAACAAGCCUGCUAGCCUCUCAUUUUCUGCCUCACGUUUCGUGUGUCUGUCUAAAUAAAAGACAAGAUGUGGACAUAUCAAGUGAUAAUUUCAGCAUUGUCGAUUCCAUGAAUGUUACAAUGAAGCUAUGGACUAAAUCUGUCUUUUUUAACUGAGUCACUUUUUAACAGCAGCACAGUAUGUAAGCAUUUUAAGGACUUCAGGGAAGUGUAAGGUUUUGAAAAUAUUAACAAUCGUGUUGUUUGGUGGUGGAUAAAAUGUGUUUUUCUGAAAAAUAGACCUUUGUUCUUUCACUGUGUUAAGGGUCAUAGAACGGCUUGUUUAAAUGUGCAAAACCUGCAUAACAGCUCAUAUUUAACAGUGCUGACUGUGCCUUGCACAGUUAUCUUGCUGUUGCAGCACAUGCAGUAAAUCCUUAAUUGUGGGCUUUUCUGGAACAAAAAGAAUGACUAUUGUGUGUGGACAUUUUUGGACAAAUGUGAUUUCCAUGGGGUAUUAUUGUUUUAUUUUGUAGUGUAUGUUGUAAUAAAAUGAUAAUUUUU